AUGGCGAAGCGAUACCAGCCACUCCUCCCAAGUAGCUCCAGGUCCUCCACAGGCACAGAGCAGAGCGAAACGAGCUCUCAGCAAUUGAAGCGACGUCGCAGCGGCGUGGCGGUGGCUUGUAAUGCCUGCCGUCGAAAGAAAAUACGAUGUGAUGGCAUUCGUCCAGCUUGCUCGACAUGCCGGGGGAUCGCAAUUCGGUGCACAUACCGCGACGAUUAUAAACUGACUACAGAAUCGCAGAAGCUUCUUGUUGAAGUGAUGCGUAUUCUUAAUGCUCUUCCAGAAAGAGAGGCGUUACUUAUGCUGCGUUCAUUAAAGAGUGAGACUGACGCGGCAGUAAUAUUAUCUACACUGAGAGAUGGAGUGCCGACAAUCCGGCGACCAUCUGAGCUUCGUAAUGCUGUCGCAAUUAUGGAUAACUCAUUUCAAACUCUGGAGCUUGAAUCUCAGAACCCAAAUGCAUAUCCUUUUCUACCUCCUAUGAUUCCCCAGACGUUACCGGAAGAUGCGUAUCAUCAGCUUACCACUCUAGACGGGCAGUCAGCUGCCUCAGCCUCUUCUCAGCGUUCGUUAUGGGAUACUGCUCCCACGGCAUCGAAAAUAUCACUUUGCGACUCUCGAUUGUUCCAAUUGAACAUUAGCCAUUGGACCAAUGUUCCGAUAUCGAAUGAGGCGGCUGCCCGCGCCAUAUCCCUGUACUUGGAGACAGAUCAUCCUCUACUGGGAUACUUUGACCCCAACCUCUUUGUGUCGGAUUUGGUAAAUCUUAAACAUGACUACUGUUCCCCAAUGCUGGUGAAUGCGCUGCUUUAUUGGGCUUGUCAAAUGUACAGCGCAGUAGACCCAAAUAUUGAUGUACACGCAGCUGCAUUCUGUGCGGAGGCUGAGAGUAUAUGGAAGACCGAGCGAGAACACGAUGCGAUCACCAAUCUGGCUGCAGCCCUGUUCUUAAGCUUAGGUUACCUAGGCCAAGGGAGAGAUCAUGCUGUACUGUCGUAUAUAUCACAGGCUACCAAGAUGGCUGUGCGACUAGGUCUCUUUGGCGUUGAAAACAAUGACAAGGCAAAGCUCAAAGUUGACAAAUUGGCGACAGAAGCGGCCAGCGCCUACUUAUACGCCGCUUGGGGCUCAUUCAACUGGAUUAGUCUUAUGUCGCUCUUCUAUCGUCAACCUGGGCUAGAGGGGCCUAAAUACCCCCCACACCUGCCCAUACCCGGAUUUGAACACGACAACGGUGCCGAUGAAGCAAUGAGUCCCAAUUCUCCUGGUUCCCAGUCCCAGUUACCGUACAUGGGGGGCGUAUUUCCUUAUUUAUGCAAAUUCUGGAGCAUCAUGUACGGGGUGAGCCUAGCUUAUAACGACAACCAAUCGACUCUGAACAGCUCUGGGACUUUAAAUUUCGCGGAAUAUAAGUUCCGUGAAUUACUUGCUUGGAGCAAUACUCUUCCCUCGCAUCUCUUACGUGUCAACAGGAAUCCACAUUAUGUCCAAGUUUUACACAUUUGGUUCCAUACUGCUGUUCUUUGCCUCUUCAAACCCAGUAUCCAACAAUUUGGAAUUAGCCGUCUUCGAGCCCUUCCAAAGAGCAUUAGCUCCCCGGAACUCGUGUAUGCUGCUUCCAUUUCUCAGCUGAAGCAGCUUGUCGUGAAUUAUAGACUACACUUCGCAUCGUCUACAUAUACCAUUUUGUGGCAUACAGCCCUGAUAUAUCUCGCCAACGAAAUUCUCAGCACACCAAAAGAUGAUGACUGGUUCUUUUACUUUCUGCUUUGUGUUUAUGGGUACGAGCAACUGCGCCGAUCUUGGCGAGUUACCGCGUCCAUUUCGAGAGCACUCUUGUCAAUGGCAUUGCGCAAAGGGGACAUCACAAGUGGUACGGCUCGUCGAAUCUUGAAAGAUCUUCAGAGUGACCGCUAUCGCAAGAGGUUCGGCGAAAUCAGAGCAACAUUCAUGGCGGAUUUGGACCUGGCCGAGUCCGAUCCGGGUUCGGCGACUGUUGAGAAGCAAGCAGGAGAUUUUGAGCACAAUGCUAUGCUGAGAGACUACACGAAUAUACUGGAUGAAGAUGAAGAAUAA